GGGCUGGGGGGAGGGGGCGGGGGGGCCGCGCCGCGCGAGCCGUUGGGCCUGGCUCGGAGAAGGCGUUGCCGCUGCCGCUGCAGUUGCUGCCGCCAGGAGACACAAGGAGCGGGACCAAGCGCAGCGUGGCGAUGGGCGGGAGUAGGGCCCCGCCGGAGAGGCUGGGCGGCCGCCGGUGACAGACUGUGUUCUGUCCACCGUGCCUCCUGCAUGUUCUGCUGCCCUGAGCUGUCCCAAGCUAGGUGACAGCGUGUCACGCUGCCACCAUGAACGAGGUGUCUGUCAUCAAAGAAGGCUGGCUCCACAAGCGUGGUGAAUACAUCAAGACCUGGAGGCCCCGGUACUUCCUGUUGAAGAGUGACGGCUCCUUCAUCGGCUACAAGGAGCGGCCUGAUGCCCCUGACCAGACCCUGCCCCCCCUGAACAACUUCUCUGUCGCAGAAUGCCAGCUGAUGAAGACUGAGAGACCACGGCCCAAUACCUUUGUCAUACGCUGCCUGCAGUGGACCACGGUCAUUGAGAGGACCUUCCAUGUAGACUCUCCAGAUGAGAGGGAAGAGUGGAUGCGAGCCAUUCAGAUGGUUGCCAACAGCCUCAAGCAGCGGGGCCCAGGUGAGGACCCCAUGGACUAUAAGUGUGGCUCCCCCAGCGACCCUUCUGCGGCUGAGGAGAUGGAAGUGGCAGUUAGCAAGGCCCGGGCCAAGGUGACCAUGAAUGACUUCGACUAUCUCAAACUUCUGGGCAAGGGCACCUUUGGCAAAGUGAUUCUGGUGCGAGAGAAGGCCAGCGGCCGGUACUAUGCCAUGAAGAUCCUGCGGAAGGAAGUUAUCAUCGCCAAGGAUGAAGUUGCCCACACGGUCACCGAGAGCUGGGUCCUACAGAACACCAGACACCCGUUCCUCACCGCCCUGAAGUACGCCUUCCAGACCCAUGACCGCCUGUGUUUCGUGAUGGAGUACGCCAAUGGCGGCGAGCUGUUUUUCCACCUGUCCCGGGAGCGCGUCUUCACGGAGGAGCGGGCUCGCUUCUAUGGCGCAGAGAUCGUCUCUGCCCUUGAGUAUCUGCACUCGAGGGACGUGGUGUACCGUGACAUCAAGCUGGAAAACCUCAUGCUGGACAAAGAUGGCCACAUCAAGAUCACGGACUUCGGCCUAUGCAAAGAAGGCAUCAGUGACGGGGCCACCAUGAAAACCUUCUGUGGGACGCCCGAGUACCUGGCACCUGAGGUGCUGGAGGACAACGACUACGGCCGCGCGGUGGACUGGUGGGGGCUGGGCGUGGUCAUGUACGAGAUGAUGUGCGGCCGCCUGCCCUUCUACAACCAGGACCACGAGCGCCUCUUCGAGCUCAUCCUCAUGGAAGAGAUCCGCUUCCCGCGCACGCUCAGCCCCGAGGCCAAGUCCUUGCUUGCUGGGCUGCUUAAGAAGGACCCCAAGCAGAGCUUCUGCCACCCUUCAAACCUCAGGUCACUUCUGAGGUCGACACGAGGUACUUUGACGAUGAGUUUACCGCCCAGUCCAUCACAAUCACGCCCCCGGACCGCUAUGACAGCCUGGGCUCUCUCGAACUGGACCAGCGGACCCACUUUCCCCAGUUCUCCUACUCGGCCAGCAUCCGCGAGUGAGCAGAGCCGCCCACCGCCGCUGACGCCGCUGCAGGACGCUCCAUCGGCUGCCAUCACCGCCCUGGGGGCUUGUCUCUUUGUUUUUAAACUUUUUAUUUUGCCUUUUUUUGUUUGCAUCCCCAUCCCUCACCUGCUCACCCCCAUUUCCAGUUUUUUCAGCCCUCUGCCAAACUGACCUCGGCGGUCCUGGUUGCCCCGCCUCCAGGAUCCUGUCCUGUCCUCACCUUGGUGCCCAGACCAGGAUUUGGGAGACUCCACUGGCCGCCCCAGGACCAGGGCUUCGGGCAGUUGGAGAGAUUCCGGUUUUUAAUCAACACAAGCCCCAGCAUAGGGCGCCACGUGGAGCUGCGGGUCCUGCCCGGAUUUCUGGCCAGAUGCCUACAGCCAGCCUGUCCCUGCGCCGCUGCCCCGGUCAGAGGCUGCCUUCCUAUGGGACACCUCGUGGGACACAACGCCCUGUGGACAGUGCCCUGGUGCUGUUGGGCUCAGCGUGGCCUGGCACGGGCGGUCCGGCCCCUUCCCCCGCAGGGGCAGCAAAGCAAUAAUGUCCAGGGACAGGCGGGGGGGUCCUUUGGAAGCUGUGGGGUUGGGGGUUUGGGAAUCCCUCGUGUAGAUGGGGCCCAGUCUACCCCAGGGGGCACAAGGAAGGCCCCGGGGUUGGGCACUGCCUCCUUGCCCUGCCUUCCCCAGCCUCCCAAGCUCCUCUCCUGACCCUGUGGAUGAGGAGGGAGGGACAUUUAGGGAUGAGCCUCCCCACCACCCAGUCCUGUGCCUUACCAGGGCUUCCUUCUGGCUGGCCUUAACUCCUGCUGGGCCCCGGGCCUGGCCACAGCCCUUGCCAAGGAUGGGGGCUGGGAUCACCCCCUUCUGGCCGCUGGGGGCGGAAGGUGCCAGCUCCAGCUGUUACACAUCUCACACCAAGACGGUAUUGGGCCCCGUGGACUAGGGUCAAAGAGGGGGUGGGAGUGGGGUUCUCUGGUACGUACUGGGGGGGCGGCCUCUGAGCAGGGGAGGCUCCAGGGCCCUUCCCUCCCUCCCCUCCCUGGGCCCCAUGUUCUGCAGCCUUAAGGUGAAUGUGUGUCACUGCUGUGGGCUCGCGUGUGCGUGCGUCAGCCUGUGUCUGGAUGGCCCCAUGCAUCUGGGACUUGGGUGCACAUGGGGGUGUGUGUGCAUGUGUGUUCGGUAUGUGUGUGUGAGGGCAAGCGUGUCCCAGCCUUGAGUGCAUGCGUGCGUGUGUGUGUGUGUGUGUGCAUGCUUGGGCCCUGUCCUCAGCCCUAGCAUUUCAUCCCAUAGGGGAGGGGUGCUGGCCUGGUGGGGGAGCCACACUUGGGGUCCAUUUGCUGCCCAGCCUCCCUCCCCCCUAACAUCUCCGGGUGUGUGGAAUUUAGUUGUGGCUUUGAUCUCCUUGCCCCACCUCCUGUACUAGGUAGUUCAGAGAGAGACAUCCUAGGGUGGGGUGAGGGUUGGUUUGGGUGGGUGGGGGGUCUUUUUCCUUUCUGUGUGUGUAUGUCAUUUAUCUGACAAUUCUCUGUCCUCCCCACUGGCCUUGCCCAUUCCUCCCAUUUGUACGGUACAAGCAAUAAAGACACUCGUUUCAGACCGGG